CUUAGGAAUGUUCGUGUUACAAAACACGGAUGUUUGGCGUUGUACUCGAGACGCAAUCUCAAACAGAGGAAAACCCUAAUAAUUUUGGACAUUUGGUAGGCUACAGCUUGUGUAUCGUUAUCGGAGUAUGUCAUGCUAUGGAUCCCACAGUAGCGCCAAUGCAAAACGAAACUGAGACAGAGUAAGUUGUAACUCAUGUGGUUUAACUAUCCUUCCAGACAUAGCCUACUGUUUUCAUAAUCUUUUGAUGUGUUAAUGUUAUACCACCUUUAAAUGGUCUGACUAUCUAAUGUCUGUCAAAACAACUUUUGUUGUUAUGAUGGUGGCUGGCCGACUAUGACAUUGAGACUAGGCUACAUAACAUCAACGUAGACUACAAUGUAGGGUCGCUCUGUGUUCAUUGAAGAGCAGUGCAGCGCAGCGCAGCAGCGACGCUGUGUGGGGGCAGCCAGUAACAGUGAGUGACACAGCACUUUUCAUCAUGGCCCCUGCAUCGCUGUAAAACGGCCCCCUCCUGUGUCAGCUGCUUUAUAAUUAUAGGGUCAGGAGUUUUCCCUGGUCAGGUCACGUGGUGAGAACUCCUGGCUGUAUAAAUGUGUCUGAGGUCCCUCAAGGGGUCCUAGCUUCAGGUGUGUUUGAUAGGCUGACUCUUAGACCUUUACCCUACUCUGUGUCUCUGCACUGUAGUGAUCAUGUCAUUAGUGUCAUAGUACAGUGUUUAUGUUCCUGACAGCUAUAGUAACACAUUGUUUAUCAUCUCUCUCUUAUCUUUCCAUCCAGGCCAUACUCAGGGUGGGGCUGGUGGCCUUCCUGGCGUCCGACUUCCAUGUCCCUCCUGAAGAGCACAGAGGCCAAGAUCCUCUCCUGUAAGACCAUGUUAAUAACUAAUAAUCUUACUACUUCUAUAUUUUCAUAGGAGCAAAAUGGUUGACUUGUUGUUUUAUUGAGUAAUACUUCACUUGUCUCUGACCUAUUUCUCUGUGUGUGUGUAUGUGUGUGUGUGUCCCAGGUAUACAGAAUGAAGUGUGGUCCAGGUUUGUCACGUUACCCAACCAGGACAGGAUCUGGACCCUCACGUUGACCAACAAGACUGCCCGCAAACCUGUUGAGCAAGGUACUUUCAUCCUCUCCUUCUCCUUGUCCCUCAAGGCUUUUGACAUAUGAACUAGCUUUUAUCUUGGUAUUAACAUAUUGUCUGUCCCUGUCUGUCUCUCUGUCUGCUUCUCUCUCUUCCUGUCUGUCUCGCUGUCUGUCUGCUUCUCGCUCUUCCUGUCUGUCUCGCUGUCUGCUUCUCUCUCUUCCUGUCUGUCUCUCUGUCUGCUUCUCGCUCUUCCUGUCUGUCUCGCUGUCUGCUUCUCGCUCUUCCUGUCUCUCGCUGUCUGCUUCUCGCUCUUCCUGUCUGCUUCUCUCUCUUCCUGUCUGUCUCGCUGUCUGCUUCUCUCUCUUCCUGUCUGUCUCUCUGUCUGCUUCUCUCUUUGUCUGUCUCUCUGUCUGCUUCUCUCUCUUUCUGUCUGUCUCUCUGUCUGCUUCUCUCUCUCUCUUCCUGUCUGUCUCUGUCUGCUUCUCUCUCUCUCUUCCUGUCUGUCUCUCUGUCUGCUUCUCUCUCUUCCUGUCUGUCUCACUGUCUGCUUCUCUCUCUUCCUGUCUGUCUCGCUGGCUGCUUCUCGCUCUUCCUGUCUGUCUCGCUGUCUGCUUCUCGCUCUUCCUGUCUGCUUCUCUCUCUUCCUGUCUGUUUCUCUCUCUUCCUGUCUGUCUCGCUGUCUGCUUCUCUCUCUUCCUGUCUGUCUCUCUGUCUGCUUCUCGCUCUUCCUGUCUGCUUCUCGCUCUUCCUGUCUGCUUCUCUCUCUUCCUGUCUGUCUCGCUGUCUGCUUCUCUCUCUUCCUGUCUGUCUCACUGUCUGCUUCUCUCUCUUCCUGUCUGUCUCUCUGUCUGCUUCUCUCUCUUCCUGUCUGUCUCUCUGUCUGCUUCUCUCUCUUCCUGUCUGUCUUUCUUUCUAUGUCCUCCCUCCCAUAGCCCCAAAGAAGACUCCUCUGGUGAUGGUCCAUGGGUUUGGAGGAGGAGUGGGUCUGUGGAUUCGUAACCUGGAUGCUCUGAGUCACUCUCGGCCAGUCUACGCCUUCGACCUCCUGGGGUUCGGCCGGAGCUCCCGACCCCCCUUCCCAACAGACGCUGCCCUGGCCGAGGAGCAGUUUGUCAACUCCAUGGAGCGGUGGAGGGAGUCUGUAGGCCUGGAGAACAUGAUUUUACUGGGACACAGUCUGGGGGGAUACCUGGCAACGUCUUAUGCCAUCCAGCACCCUUCUAGGUGAGAGGCCAUGUUUUUGAUCACUCAUGGUGAUGUCACAGUAUUUAUGAUGGUAUUGCCUUAAAGCUAAUGAUUGAUGACGUACAGUAUGUCUCCUUAUGUACGGUGAUAGUUAAAAAAUCAAUCUACAAUGCAAUUUAUUAGUAAUCAUUAGGACCAUGAUUCCUGGUCAGGAAAAACUCCACGACCAAUUUUAUUAUAGUAAUGGAAUGAUAACUUAGAUUGUGUCUCCCCUUCUUUAGGGUGCGUCACCUGAUCCUGGUGGACCCGUGGGGUUUCCCUGAAAGCCCCCAGCCAGGGGUGGAGACCCCGGCGGGCCAGGGGCCAGAGGUGGUGAAGAGGCCGCCCCUUCCCCGCUGGGUGAAGGCUGUGGCCUCGGUCGUCUCUCUGUUCAACCCUCUGGCUGUCAUCAGAGCAGCAGGUCCAUGGGGUGAGAGACACUUUAUUCACAUUCAGAUUGCUUAUUCAAAGCUUUCUAAAUUUUCUCGUGUUAUAUUAAUACCUCCAUCGUUCUCUUUGUUUUCUCUUUUCCUUUAAUUCUGUCAGGUCCAGGGUUGGUAAAUAGAUUCCGUCCAGACUUCAAGAGGAAAUUUGAGGACUUGUUUGAUGAUGAUACCAUGACAGAGUACAUCUACCACUGUAAUGCUCAGACCCCUAGGUACGUAGAGUCACUCCUUGGCUUGCAUUACAUAUCACCACUAUUAAACUGCAUACUGCGUUCACAUUCUCCUGAGCCCAUAGGGACAUGGCCUUACUUUACUGGCCUACAUUUGCCCCUGACUCUGAAUGACAAAACAUUUUAUUUCUCCCCAAACCUCUUGCUUUAUCCCACUGUCCAUGAUCCUCUUCUCUCUGUCCCUCUCAAUCCUCUCUUUGUCCUCCUUCUCUUCCCUCUAUCCCCAGUGGGGAGGUAGGCUUCAGGGCCAUGUCAGAGUCCCUGGGCUGGGCCAAGAGGCCCAUGCUGCAGCGGGUACACCUGCUGCCCCCCUCCAUGCCCCUUACCAUGCUAUACGGUUCACGCUCCUGGGUGGACAGCGCCUCGGGGGACAAGGUGGCCCAGAUCAGGGUCCAGACGGCCACACACACUGUGGUGAGUGGGAGGGGGAUUUAUCUUAUUUCAUAUCAGUUUUGAGGUCUUAAAGACGUACAGAUUUAGAGGAUAAAACAUAUCAUACAACAACACAUAAUACAAUACCCAUGUGAUCAUUCCUGUCUGUCUCUCUCUUCAGAUGAUAGAUGAUGCGUCUCACCAUGUAUAUGCUGACCAACCAAUGGAGUUCAAUAGAGUGGUCCAGAACAUAUGUAACAAUGUAGACUGAGAUGCAUACAUGACUGACAAACCAAGAUGUCGUGUGUGUGUCUUGGUCUGUACCUCGCUAGUGCCACACAUGGCAUAGAACUGGCUCCAUGGUGAGAGAUGUUUUUAAGAUGGCCCUAUUCCACUACGCUCUUAUCAAUGGACACUAGUUGGCUAAGUGGUUAUAAUAUAUGCCAUUUAGCAGAC